ACCCGAGUUAAUUGAAUGGUUAAUUAAUCGCUAACUAUUUAUGUUCUUUUCAUAAUAGAUGAGUAUCUAGCUGUAAUAUGCAUAGAGGAGAAGAGAGGCUCGAUUAAAUGAGACCUAAUAGGUGAUAAUUGUGCGCUAAUUACUUGUCGAGCGACUCUCGAAGUUGAACGCGGCUGAUUUCAGUUGCACUUUCUGCACCUUGUUACCGCUUUCAUGUGUUCUCUUUCAAACGCCGUAAGUAAUCUUUUACUUCGUUCCAGACGUAAACAUUGAAUCUGACACGAACUUUGACGUUUGAACUCGGAAUUUAAGUUUGGACGUGAAGUGGAGUUGAAGUUUGCGAUAAACGUGAACAACAAUUUACAUGAGCAUCGGACUUAUUAGUGGCGCAGUCGUUCGAAGGCGCGAUAGUCGAGCGCACACUGAUGACAUUGCGUGCUCCAUGAGUGACUGCGUCAGAUAGGUUGGCCGCUUUCUCUCUCUCUCUUUUUCUCUCUUGACAUUUCUUAGGUAUGAUUUUCGAAUAGACCUCUUAUCUGUGGAUCUGUCAAAAAAUGUGAAUGCAAGACUGGAGCUUGAUGUUUACGAAAUUCAACCUACGGUAAUGGUAUCGGGACGACGUGUUGUUCGUGUGAGUCAGAACGCCCGGCCAAUGCCCGAGAAAGCCCCCUAAGUGAUAUCGUGAACACGGCAUUUAAUUUUUUAAAUGCGAUCAUGGCACUCCGCAAGGUAAAGGGGAACUUCGAGCGGAUGUUCGACAAGAACCUGACGGAUCUGGUGCGCGGCAUCAGGAACAAUAAGGAAAACGAGGCUAAAUACAUCGCGCAGUGCAUCGAAGAGAUCAAGCAGGAAUUGCGGCAAGAUAAUGUGGCGGUCAAGGCGAACGCCGUGGCGAAGCUAACAUAUCUCCAGAUGUUAGGAUAUGACAUUAGUUGGGCUGGCUUUAAUAUAAUAGAAGUAAUGUCAUCCGCAAAGUUUACUUACAAACGAAUUGGCUAUCUUGCUGCAAGUCAGAGCUUUCACACAGAUACAGAGUUGCUGAUGUUAACAACAAACAUGAUUCGUAAAGAUUUGAACAGCCAGAACCAGUAUGAUGCCGGUUUAGCACUAAGUGGUUUAUCUUGCUUCAUAAGUCCAGAUUUAGCACGCGAUCUGGUUCAUGAUAUUAUGACUCUGUUGACUUCUACCAAGCCGUACUUACGCAAGAAGGCGGUAUUGAUGAUGUAUAAAGUAUUUCUGAGAUUUCCAGAGGCUUUAAGACCAGCUUUCCCUAGGUUGAAGGAAAAACUUGAGGAUCCAGACAGCGGUGUUCAAAGUGCAGCAGUAAAUGUAGUUUGCGAAUUAGCCAGAAAAAAUCCAAAGAAUUACUUGAGCUUAGCACCUGUCUUCUUUAAGCUAAUGACAACCUCUACGAAUAAUUGGAUGCUUAUCAAAAUCAUCAAAUUGUUUGGAGCAUUGACACCUCUAGAACCUAGGCUUGGCAAAAAGUUGAUAGAACCCCUAACCAAUUUGAUACACAGCAUAUUACUAAUCGUUUCCAGUACAUCGGCAAUGUCCUUACUGUACGAAUGUAUCAAUACAGUAAUAGCCGUAUUGAUCUCUAUAUCAUCCGGUAUGCCGAACCACUCCGAUUCGAUACAGCUGUGUGUUCAGAAAUUGAGAAUACUGAUUGAGGACUCUGACCAAAACUUAAAGUAUUUGGGAUUGUUGGCGAUGUCAAAGAUAUUAAAGACUCAUCCGAAAAGCGUACAAGCUCACAAGGAUCUUAUUAUGCAAUGCCUUGACGAUAAAGACGAAAGUAUAAGACUGCGUGCCUUGGACUUACUGUACGGGAUGGUAUCCAAGAAGAAUCUAAUGGAGAUUGUUAAGAAGUUAAUGGUGCAUAUGGAUAAAGCCGAAGGCACUACGUAUCGUGAUGAAUUGCUCUCAAAGAUUAUUCAGAUCUGCUCACAGAACAACUAUCAAUUCAUUACCUAUUUUGAAUGGUACAUAUCUGUAUUGGUGGAACUUACACGAAUGGAAGGCACCAAGCAUGGACCAUUAGUAGCAACUCAAUUACUCGACGUAGCGAUUCGUGUACAAGCUAUACGAAAAUAUGCAGUUCAACAAUGUGCCUUACUGCUUGAGAAUUCAUAUCUAUUAACCGGCCAACCAAGGGCGACAAUGUCCGAGGUUUUAUACGCAGCGGCGUGGAUUUGCGGAGAAUUUUCUAGUGAAUUGGAAGAUCCCUUGGCGACAUUGCAAUCUAUGUUGCGAUCGCAAGCUUCUAGUUUACCGGGACAUAUACAAGCAGUUUACGUUCAUAAUAUAUUAAAACUAGCUGCGACAACAUUCGCCAAAGCAGAAAAAGAAAGAGACACAGAAACUAUGGAAAAGAUUCACGGACUGAAAGAUAAAAUAGCAGCCUUCGUUUGUAGCGGUGAUCUGGAAGUUCAGGAAAGAUCUAGUUCUGCAUUGGUACUGCUUGAAUGUUUAAAAGAGAACCCCGGUCUUGCACAGGAAUUAAUGGAGACUUUCGAUGGUGAACUUAAUCCAGUUGCACCAAAAGCGCAAAGAAAAGUUCCAAUACCUGAGGAAUUGGAUUUAGAUUCAUGGAUCAACGAUCCACCUUCCGAGAGCUCAGAUUCCGAGGAUCUAGAUAUGAACGAUAUUUUUAUUAAGUCGGAGAAAUCGAACGAUUCGUAUUCUAAGCGCGAAUUAGGCGAACCGUCGAUAGAAGAACUCGAGCGAAGGCGCGAAGCUAGAAAACUAGAACAGGAGAAUAAUCCUCAUUACUUAAAGGGAUCAUUUAAGACUUCUACGUCAUAUCAUAAUUCAUCGAAUCUGUACGAAGACUUCGAGAACAUUCCCGUCGCAGAAUUAGACAUCCCAAUUUCUUUGAAGAUCACUAAUCUGCACAGAUGUCGUGAUAUCAGCAUAGACAGCAGUCAUAAAAGGCAUAAAAAGCAUGAAAAGAAGAAAAAAUCAAAGAAGAAUAAAGAUAAAAAAUCUGCAUCGGAGGAUGAGCAAGAUGACGGUCUACCGUUGCAAAUAGUAAAUACGGGUGUAGGAGAGCUACCUCCGGGUGCAGAAAUAAGUGAUAGUGACGAUUACGAUUUAGUAGAUGCAAACGACCCACAUAGAGCUUUGAACAUUGAUCUGGAUAUGCCUUUAAGAGAAGAUGAAAGAUUGCCUGUCUUAGAACAUAGAAUUAUCGAAAAUAACAUAACGCAAGAGGCUGAGGAGAAAGGAAACAAAAAAGAAAAAAGACACAGGAAGUCUAAAAGAAAGAUCAAGGAUGCUACAGAAAACAAAAUGACCAAUCCAAGAGAAUCGUCUGAUUUGUGGUUGGAAAACAAUUCGUCUCCGGAGAAAGUGCCGUCUCCCGCAAUUGGAGAAUACACAGAGGUGUCUAGCGAGCCACAAAAGGAUAGCAAGCGCAAAAAGUCCAAGGGCCAAGACAAGCACAAGAAAUCCAACGAAGACGACGUGAAACAUCGAAAAUCGAAGAAAUCGAAAAAUAAGAAGGAAAACAAAUCGUUGGAUUACGAAGAAACGGCGGGGAUAUCGACUCCGUCUAAGGAGAUAUUGCCGGACUUGAAGAACAAUAUCACAAAUUCCGAGUAUGACACGAUUCCCAUACAGAAUACCUCUUACGAGGAGCUGGCCAAAAAUAAAGUGAUUUCCAUGACGUACGAAUUGAAACAAAUUCCUCAUGAAACAAAUAAAGUUAUCGUAUCGAUUCGCAUUACAAAUAUAGGUCAGACACUCGUGAGAGAAUUGGUCUUCGAUGUUCCAGAUACGUCGUCACUCAAAUUAGUUAAAAAUCCUGGGGAUGAAUUUGGGAUAAAACUGCCGUUCCAACUGCCUCUGCAAACUAGCAAAGAAACUCAGUUCACCAUUCUAGUCUCGGACGUAACGUUCGCUCAGAGACUGAGAGGUACACUGACAUACAUGUUUGAAAGUAGAGAAGGCACGCAACAAGAAAAGCUCGAUUUCACCGUGCACUUGUCGUGCAGCAAGUUCAUGGUCGGUCAUCUUUCUCAUAAGGACAUUCUCACAGAACUUCUCAAAAGCGGUCAAUUAAUAUCUAAGAUUAGGAAAGAGAUGACGCCUACACAAGACUUCGGUGCAGUGCUGAAUGUUAUUUGCCGCAAAUGCAAUCUUACUCUCGUGGAGCAGAUCGAGGAUACUGCGUCUUUAUACGGACAUUCUCUGAAGGGACAUCAUGUGUGCCUUUUGUUAAAAUUUAAUAAAACAACGGGAAAUCUAGUAAUCGAAGGUAAAGGUGACAAUAACUCAUUACUGUCAGGAAUUGGAGAAGAGAUACUGAGGAUCCUGACAUAAUACUGAUUUAAACUCAAGUGUCUAUAUUUUGCAAUUAUUGAUUCUUACGUAUACAUCGCAAUCAUAUUGAAUACACAUUUGGCAGUGAGAAAAGAACACUUCGACGACUGUGUCCGUUAUAUAUGAAACAACGGCUAAUAGGAAGCGUAUCUGCGAACCCAUUGAAUAUUUUCAGAAAGGAUCUUACCUAAACUUUACGUGUAAUCUAGAUCAUAAAGUUUGUUAAAUAUAUAAGAGAUAUACAUAUGUACACAUAUACUAUAUACAUGCAUCAAAUAUAUGUACACACAUGUACAUGUCUAUAUAUAACGCAUAAGGCUAGAGAGAGAAGUCUCGAGAGAGUUUCGAGAGAGAAAGAGAGAGAGCAGGAGGAGGGAAGAGGAGCUUAUUUGCCAAGAAUUGAAGACACUGGAGUAAAAGUAGAUUAAUGUUUCUACAUACUGUGGCGCGUGUGAUAUGUAAUAGAACAGGAUUACGAAUAUUUCUCAAUUGUCCCUUAAGAUAAUUAUCCACUUUCAAUCGCAAUUAUCGCAAAUAACAUCUUCCAAAAGAAAAAGAAGAAGAGAUUCUGUAAAUUGCUCCACUUUCUUAUCUAUACGAUGUUGCAUUUACUACUACGUGGCAUGUAAUAAUCGGGGGUAAUAGCUUACGAAUAAAACUUGACUGCUAAUGCAGCAGCACUUUGUAUAGUACAGAAAUAAACGUUGCGAUAGAAACAA